CCAAAACCAUAUUUUCUUUUAACUCUUUUUCCUCUCCUUUGGAGAAAGUCGUCCCUUCCUCUUUACUCAACAUUCAUUCCACAAUUAUCAUUUUUCUACUUAUAUUAUUGUAUGAUCACAUUUAUUCUAGCUAGGAGUUUUUAUUUGCUAUAUUAUUGCAUAUAUGGGGGCUGGUAUUUCUGGCUUGGUGGAUCAGGAGAAAUUAACAGGUAGUAAUAAUAUUGGUCGACCUUCAGAGGCUGGCCUUGGAGACUUGCCGGAAAGCUGCAUAGCUUUGGUCCUUAAGCAUCUGGACCCAACUGAGAUCUGUAAAAUUGGUCGUGUCAGUAGGACAUUUCAUCAAGCUUCAUUGACUGACCUUGUCUGGGAACCAAAGUUGCCUCAAAAUUAUCAAAUUCUUCUCAAAAAUUAUCAUUUCAAUGAAAAUUCAUGUUCAAACGCUAGCGAAGAAUACUCAGGUAGCUUAACCAAGAAAGAGAUAUUUGCCAGAUUGUGUCGUCCGAAUCACUUUGGGAGUGGCAAUUAUAAGACAUUUUGGAUGGAAAAAAAUAGAGGGAUGUGUGUUUGUAUAUCGUGGAAGGAAAUGAAGAUAACAGGCAUAGAAGACCGCAGAUAUUGGAGCCAUAUCUCAUCUGAUGAAUCAAGGUUCAACACAUUUGCAUUUCUCAAACAAAUAUGGUGGGUAGAAGUGGAAGGGAACUUAGAAUUCGAAUUCCCAGAGGGAAACUACAGCGUAUUCUUUCGGCUUCAGCUGGGAAAAACGUCAAGAAGACUAGGGCGACGAGUCUGCACCGUUGAUCAAGUCCAUGGCUGGAAUAUCAAACCCGUCCAAUUUCAACUAUCAACGUCAAACGGCCAGCAGGCAACUGCGCAAUAUUACUUGAAUGAGCCAGGAAAGUGGAUAAAUUAUCAUGUUGGAGACUUUGUUGUGGACAAGGACACUAGCAUGCCAACAAAGUUAAAGUUCUCAAUGACUCAAAUAGAUUGCACUCAUACUAAAGGUGGUCUUUGCCUAGACUCUGUGCUCAUCAUCCCUGCUGAGAUUGGGCCAAAGAAAAGUAGGUUAACUUCUUAAAUUGUAGGAAUAGAAUUGAUGCAAGUAUGUGAGUCGUACCGUGGAGUGUUACUUAGUAAUUAAUGAAAUCAUGUGCAUGUGAAAAUUAUGGAAGAUGAGGAUUUAUGUUUUAGUAGGGGUGAAAGUUAUUGGGUAAUUUCUUUCCAUCCGUUAAAACUUUAGUUGACAUAGCUAUUAAGUAAUAGUCUAAUGUGGGUACGUGGUACCAAGCAGUGGUGGAACCAGAAUUUUCAUUAAGGGGGUUCAAAGUCUAAAGAUUAGAGAGACAAACUUGCCUAAGAGGGUUCGACAUCUAUUAUAUAUACAUAAAAAAAAAUUAAUUAUGUAUAAAUAAUAUAAUUUUUCGUCGAAGGGGGUUCGGAUAAAUUUCUGAACUCAAGGUGGCUCCGCCCAUGAUAGCAAAGCAAAGACAGAUUCAGAAUUUAAAUUUAAUGGGUUUAAUUUUUUAAAAUUUUAAACAUUAAAUUUAAUUCUUUGUAAUAUUUAAAUUUUGUGUUCAAAUUUAAUAGUUUUAGUAAAUCUUUAGUCACAUAUCUUGUACGCUCCAUGUCAAAAAUUAUAGAUUCAAAUGAACUAUAGUCGAAAGGCUACACCCUCCCCUAAUGCAAUUACUUGUGCAUAUUGAUCGCAAUAUAAAACCAAAAAGUGACUCUGUGGCUUGCUUACUAUCCCAACAGACAGCUACCACCUGUUCCAAAUGGGGAUAAUUAGUUGUCUUACUAUAUACCUUAC